AUGAACUUCGAAGCAAUCACAGCCCCUGAGCAGAGGCCUAAAAAUCGAAGCACUAAAUGCGACCGUGAAGAAAAAUGGUGGAAAAUACACCUUUUUAGGGGCAUAGUAAAUGAUAUCAAGAGAAGGUUCCCAUUUUAUUGGAGCGACUGGCAAGAUGCCUGGGACUAUAGAGUUGUACCAGCAACAGUCUAUAUGUAUUUCGCAAAUAUUUUACCAGCAUUAGCCUUUUCGUUGGAUAUGUUUACGAAAACUAACAUGAGUUUUGGUGUAAAUGAAGUCUUGUUAUCAUCCGUUCUAGCAUCCGUAAUUUUUGCUAUUUUUGCAGCUCAGCCUCUAGUAAUUGUUGGCGUCACUGGUCCAAUAACUGUUUUUAAUUAUACCGUCUAUGAUAUCAUUACACCUCAUAGUAUAGACUUUUUUGCCUUUAUGGCUCUAGUAGGCUUGUGGUCUAUGAUUAUACAUUGGAUUCUAGCAAUCACUAAUGCUUGUAAUCACAUGAGAUAUGUCACCCAAUUUUCCUGUGACAUCUUCGGGUUUUACGUUGCAUUCAUUUAUCUACAAAAGGGUAUCCAGGUCCUCACUCGUCAAGAUGGAAAAGAACCCUUUUAUCUUUCCAUUUUAAUUGCUCUUCUUGUCUUAGUUGUUGGUUAUUUGUGCGGCCUGGUUGGUUUUAGUCAUCUAUUUCAACAUUACGUGCGUGUAUUGAUCAAAGACUACGGUACACCAAUCACACUAGUAUUUUUUACCGGCUUUGUCCACAUUGGAAACCUGCAAAAUAUAUCGCUCCAAACGCUUCCAAUAAGUAAGUCGUUUACCCCGUCCAAAGAUAGGGAUUGGCUCGUCCCUUUUUGGAACGCCAACUAUAGCGAUGUCCUUCUCGCCUUACCGUUUGCAAUUCUUCUAACGAUACUUUUCUACUUUGAUCACAAUGUCUCCUCACUCAUGGCUCAGGGAACCGAGUUUCCUCUUCGAAAACCGGCUGGCUUUCACUGGGACCUCUUUCUUCUCGGGUUAACUACUGGAAUUGCGGGAAUAAUAGGGGUUCCGUAUCCGAAUGGCCUAAUUCCGCAAGCACCAUUCCAUACUGAAUCCUUGUGUGUAAGACAUGCGGCCCAGGGAUUGAAAGGAGAUGAUAAAGUUAAAGUCUCUCGCGUUGUCGAACAAAGGGUUUCAAAUCUAGCUCAAGGGCUACUUACACUAGUAACAAUGACCGGCCCAUUUCUAUUAAUUCUCCACCUCAUUCCACAAGGUGUUCUUGCCGGUCUUUUUUUUCUUAUGGGUAUCCAAGCUCUUGAAGGAAACGGCAUGACUCUAAAAAUUCUUUUUCUAUUUAAAGAUAAAAGCUUUAUUCAGUCUUCGGAGCCACUCCAGCAUAUAAGACGCUCAGCUCUCUGGGCUUUUGUCGCCAUUCAAGUUUUUGGCUUUGGUGCUACUUUUGCCAUUACGCAAACUAUAGCGGCCGUGGGGUUUCCAGUAAUUAUUUUACUGUUGAUUCCUUUGAGGGUAUGCCUUUUACCAAAAUGGUUCACUGAAGAUGAAUUAAGGGCUUUAGAUGGUCCAGCUGCGAGCCCUUUUACAAUGAUAAGUGUAGGCGGGAUACAUGGGACUUCUUCAUGUCAGAUAGUGGGCGAUGUAAAUAUCGGUGAAAAAAAAGUGGCACAAAGCCAAUCUGGAGGAAUCCAAGUCGGCUACAACAGUUCAGACGUGUCGGACGAAGCCCGAGCACAAUUGCAAAUAAACCCAGAUCAAGUUCUAUCAUCAGAUGAUAUAAUAAGUAGCAGAUCCUAA